AGUGAAGGAGCGGAUGGGUCAAUAUAUAUGCUUGGAAACUGGCACGGGGCACAGGUGCCAGGUCCAAGGCACAAAAUUGUCAGUUCAAACAUCACAUAACCGUGAUGCAUUGGGGAAGGCCCCAAAGGAGACACGACAUUUCGCAAUAUUUCAAAACACCCACCGUGUUUGUUUACCCCAAUGUGGCCCUGGCAGGAGAAAAAUGGGGACGCGGUGGCCAUUUAGCCUGCAUGGGGCCGCAGGGGUUAGUUUUUAGGCGCGCGCUCGCAACCUGGCGGCGCCCACCAGCAUCCACCCACGUCGUGGGCAGGAAUGCUGGUGUCGUCAAUGUACCUCAUUAAUCAACCGAAUAAGCUAUAGACUAGGGGGACCAUCGUGUCGAGAUUAGGUUUGACAUUCCCACCGACAGGUA